AUGUUGAAGUGUGAUGAUGAGAAUGAAUUUGAGUAUGAAAAUGACGGACCACCUUUAUCUGAUGAGAAUAUAUUGAAUGAACUUUUCAAUGACCCUGAAGGCUUAGUUGACACAAAUAAAGAUGUUGAUGACGAAAUUAUGCAACAGAAUAUUAUUAUUGCUAUCGAACCAAAGUCAGUUACAACUUUUAUUAGAUGUUCUGUCCAUACAUUACAGUUAUGUAUCAAUGAUGGUUUGAAAACUGCAGCUAUAGCAAGUUGCAUUAUUCAAGCUAGAAAGGUUGUGAAAAAACUUCGAACACCGAAAUAUUGUACUUGGUUGAAAAAAAACCAUUUAAAAUAUGCUAUAAUUGACAUUGAAACUCGGUGGAACUCAUUAUACAAUAUGUUAUUCCGCUUACUUGAAUUGAAAGAUUUUUGCACAGAACACGAUGACGAACAUCCAGAUCUUAAACUAAGCAAUAGUGAAUGGGAAUCAAUUCAUAGUAUUAUAAACGCGCUUAACCCAGUUAAAAUAGCAACAUUGGCACUCCAGAAACAAGAUAUUAAUCUUGGAGACUUUUAUGGUAUUUGGCUGCGAGCAAUACACGGAUUAAACUCCAAUGGUACCAUACUAGCAAAGUGUAUUGAAAAUUCUAUGAAAAAACGACAGACAUUGCUAUUAAAUAAUAAUGUGUUUUUGGCUGCUAUUUACCUUGAUCCAAGGUAUCAGAUGUUGUUAAAUGAAGAAGAAAAAACUACAGCAAUAACUCAUCUAGUGAACACAUGGAAUGUUUUGGAUAACUUAGAACAAGCUGAACAUUUGCCAAAUGACAUUGAGAAUGAUAAUUUAGAUAAUGAUACCACAAACGAAACAAAUACUAGUUUUUCUUAUAAUACUGAAGAAAGUAUAUCAAAUGUUGAUGAGUUUGAUGUUUUUCUGUCUUCUCAGUCAUCAGUUUCAACAACAUCAACUGAGAUAAGUUCUACCAGCUCCAUAAAAAAACUUUUACAUGAUUUUAAAGAUGCCCAACGCAUUCCAUAUACAACAAACAUUCUUAAGUACUGGGAAUCUCUAAAAGAUACACAUCAUGAGUUGUAUAAACUUGCUUGUAUUGUUCUAGCAGUACCAGCAACUCAGGUGAGCGUAGAAAGAAGUUUUUCGAAUCUGAAAUUCAUUUUAUCAGAUUUAAGAUCAUCUUUAUCCGAAGACAUAUUAGAUGCAAUCAUGGUUGUACGCAGCAAUCACAUUUUUAAUGAUAACCAUUCUUAA